GGACUGGGAGGUGCUGGGAGAAGGCUCGAAAGGAGGGGUGGGUGUGAGGAAGGCAGGGAUGCAGCAAGGCAUGAGUGAGGGCACAGGGACAUGAGGGGAAUAGGGGCAUAGGGUGGUGAGGGGGUGGGCAUCGGGGAAAGAGAGUGCAGGGCAGGGGGUUAAAGCAGCUUCCCCAGUGGGGAUGAGGCACGAGUCAGAGAGUGGCCCAGGCAAAGGGCCUUUUUAUUUGCCUCAACAUUUAUUUUAAUCCCUUAUUCACCUGGGAGGCGCUGGGCAGGCUCAGGAGGGCGGCAGACCCCCCCGCACUUCGCCCGGCCCACUCGAGCUGUAUAUUUUUGCAAAUGCAAUGUCUUGUACUGUCACUACUCUGUGCAAUGCAACUCAAAGUCCUGCUACUUUGAAACAAAUGUGUGAGACGGGGCAGUUCCAGCUGCCAGAGGAGAUUUCCCCUGAACUGGAAGAACAAGUCAAUGCUUUCUCCCAGAAAACGAUUGCGCUGUCAGAGACUCUGAGGGAAUUCAAAGACACUCUGCCCUCGGCACUGGAGAGAGCAAGAGGAAAAUCACUGGGAGCUUUCAGACAAGGCUGCAGAACACUCAUGUCUGUCUCCUGCUCAGCCCCUGGCCUGCAGAAUCAGGGAAAGGAAAUGGCCGUGGUGGAGCCAGUGAACUUUGAGGAGGUGGCUGUGUAUUUUUCUGAGGAGGAAUGGGCUCUGCUGGACCCGGGCCAGAGAGCCCUCUACAGGGAUGUGAUGCAGGAGAAUUACGAGGCUGUGAGCUGGCUGGGAAUUCCAGUCUCCAAAGCUCAUGUGCUUUCCUGGAUGGAGCGAGGGGAAGAGCUGCAGAUACUGGAUCUCCAAGGCUGUGAGGAAGGGGAGAUCAUCAGUGACACCCACACAGGUGAUGGGAUGCUGAAUGAGAACAGUGAGAGGAGUCUUCAGAAGGAAGGACCUGAGCGAAUGGCUCCAUGUGGAGUGUUAGUAGAAAGAUGUGAAGGGCAUGUUUCUCAGAGUCCUGAGCAAGGAGAGACUCGUGAGAGACAGCGUAGUCUACAAAGGCAGCAGGGAAACCAUCCAC